CAUUCUAGCAGCGUCACACGAUGGCGUCGCCAGCCAGCAGCAGUAGCCUCUCGGAGGCGGACCUGGUACUCGCCAAGAAGGAACACCAGCGCCUCCGCAACCGCCUGAAGCAGAAGCGCCACCGCGAGCGCCACAUCUCGGAGCGAGAGAUGCUCCAAGCGCAGAUCCUCGAGCUCGGCCAGCUCCUCACUGUCGUCUCUCGGCGUGGCAACGCUGCCGCCCAAGCCACGCUGCACAGGCUACGCAGUGAGUACAACGCGACGCGCCACGUGGGCGAAGCCAUGACGGCGUGGGUCGCGUCCAUGUGCACGCGGGUCCUCCCGCUCGCCGGCACGCCCUUUGGGUGGACCAAGACGUCGCUGUUGGCCGACCCUGCUGCGCGCAAGCUCGGCCUCGACUGGUUUAGCCAGCACCUCUACCACAACACGGACCGCAUGGCCGCGUACGCGCAGUUUCCAUCGACGGGCGCAGUUGUUGACAACGUGCUCCUGGAUGUCGGCAAUGGCCACCUCGACCUCGUCGGGCGCAUCCAGGUCGAGUACGACCUUUCGCUGCUCGAGACAUACGACGCGCUCAAGGGGCCGAUCUGGUCCAUGAUGCAAGGCGAGACGGGCGUCUAUUUUUCCGAGUUUCUCGACGCCGAGCUCACCAGCGCCAUCUCGCCCAACCAAAUGCUCUAUCGACGUAAUGUGCGAAGCGAGCGCGAGACCAACUACUACGUGUGCCGCGAGUUUGGCACCGACGACCGCAUCGUCUUUACCUUUGGAAAUUUCUUCCAAGACGAACGACUGCCCGAGAACGUCGACUGGCGCCCACGCAUGUUUUGGUAUGUGCUCGAGCGCGCGAGUCCCACCAAGACGCGGCUGCGCGUCAUGCUCUACAACGCCCCUUACUUGAAAGACGGGAAGAUGGUGUCGUGGCAGGACGAGCUCCUCGAAGAUCAUGGCAUCGACUGCAGCCUCCUCGAUCCCGACGUUGCGUUUCGCAAAUGCCAGCAACUCACCAACGACGAGUGCGACCCCAAGCUCCACGAAGACUAUGCGGCGCUCCAGAUCCAGAAUGCAAGGAGUCUUGCCUAA